AUGGCGGGCAUAUUCCGGAAAGUGUACGACUGGUUGCUCAGGACCUUCUGGGCGACCGAAAUGGAUGUGACUAUGAUAGGGCUGCAGAAUGCUGGCAAAACAUCUUUGCUCCGUGUCUUGGCCGGCGGGGAAUUCGCGUACGACUCUAUACCAACUGUUGGCUUCAAUAUGAAGAAAGUGACGCGCGGUCACGUCACACUCAAGUGCUGGGACCUCGGUGGCCAGCCUCGCUUUCGACCGAUGUGGGAGAGGUAUUGCCGCGGCGUGGAUGCGAUCGUAUUCAUUGUCGACAUUGCGGACCAGAACGUUUUAGACCAGGCGAAAGACGAGCUUCAUGCUUUGAUGUCGCAAGCAAGUCUCGAGGGUAUCCCUUUGCUCGUACUGGGCAACAAGUCCGAUCUACCGGAUAAGAUCAGUGUAGAUGAGUUGAUCGAUGUCCUGUCGCUCAAGAGCAUAGGGAACCGCGAGGUCUCGUGUUACGGUAUAAGCGCCAAAGAGGAGACGAACUUAGAGGCGGUCCUCCAGUGGCUUAUGAAAUUCGCCCGGUGA